CCAGUGUUUUGUUGCUUAUCUUAGUGCUGGGGUCUCCAAUGGCGCCCUUUGAAAGUGUCAAUCACCAAAGGGAGAAGGAGACCUCUUGCAGAAGUCAUUCUUCUACCCGGUUUCUGCUGACUCACAUUGCUCACCACCAUUAGACGAUCCAACUUCAACCUUUGAAGACAGUUAUGCUAUGUUGCAGAGAGAACCGAUUCCUGCAGUGGGCUAGUAGGUCUGGUGGCAUCGCAGGUGUUAGAUGAGAUGAGGUGCUUUGAUACAGUCCUUUCCCUGAUCUUAGUCACUGAAGUGCAUCAAGUCGAUCCAUCAAAUUGAGGAAGCGAUGGAAACAGGCCGUCUUUUCUGAACGAAAACCCCUUCAAUUCAAAAGGAUCUUGCAAGAGGAGUGAGCACAGGACGCAAUCAUUGGAGAAGGUCCCCGAGGUUUCAUCUUCCAGGAGCACAGAUGGCUUCGACCAGACGGGAAUCAGCCUGCACGAGGGUGGACACAGGGUUGAAGGGCUUUGUCGCGGAUGUCUUCGGAGGACAAAGUCAGGCUGGAAGACAGUCCCUCGGAAAAAUAGUUAAGAAGGUCCCUGCAGCAACGACGAACGUCUGUAGACUGGUGGACAUCGCGGAGGUGAAGAAGGGGCGGGAAGAAGCAGCAGAGACGGGGAACCAGUCAAGAAUACCACGACAAAAGGUUUUGGACACGAGGCCUGCCUGGGGAAGCAGGCUGACACCUGGCAAGCAGCACCAGCGCAGCCCGGUUCGCGUAGGCCCCCCAAGCCGCCCCAUCAGAACCGCACCGUCCCCUCUCUUGCCGCCUGCAUCGCAAGUCUCGCUCCCCUUUCAACGCGGUCAGGCUCAGGGAACGACUGCACCCUCGUUGGCUCCCCAAGGCCCUCGCCGAACGCAGGGAGCAGCAAUCCCCGCAGGAACAGCCCCCCCCGUAAAAAGGAGUCUCUUUUUCGCGCCAGCGCUGACAUCGGGGCAAGGAGAGGAUCGAGUCGAGGGGGCGGUUGCAGCAAUGGUGUCGACAGACAACAGACACGCGAGGGCGAGGAGAGGAGAGGACCCGAUAGCGACACCACAGAAGGAACAGACCAGCUUGGUCGCCCCCCCAUCUCCCCGCUCGCCGCUCAACUUCUCCGAGUUCCACUCCGAGAGCUACAUCGCCGACUCCGACGCCCCCAAGGUCUCUGCGGUCGCGCCGCAGACGGCACUGGAGCCAGAUGCUGACAUCAAGUACCGCGCGCCCCUGGAGGCGAAGCUCGCGCAGUCGCAGGCGGAGCGGGCCACGCUGCAGGCGGCCCUGGAGAAGGUGGAGCGCGGUCUGGACGGGGAGCGCCGUGCAAGAGUCGCCCUGGAGGAAGGGUUUUCGUGCGCGCUCCAAGGGAGUGUGAAGACGGCGGAGGCCGCGGAGGCGGAGGCGCAAGAGGCGCGGCGCUCCCUGGCCGGGCGCAUCAUCCAACUCCAAGAGGCCCAGUCUGCAAUAGCCGAAGCGACCAACGAGCGGGUCGUAGCGGAGGCGCAUGCGCAGGCCGCGCGCGAAGCGCUGGAGAGGGCGCGCGCGGAGCUGAGCAUCGCGGCGGCUGAAAAGGAGGAGGCGCAGAUGCGCGCGCGGACGGAGACGCUCAAGCGCCAGGAGGUGGAGGCACGGGUCGAGAUCAUAGCCCGCGAGUGCACGGCUUUGCGCGCGUCCGUGACGGAAAAGCAGGCAGCACGGACGGCCGCGGCAGAGGAAGCGGAGUGGGGGCGCAGGCGCGCGAGCGAGGACGCCGGCGUGACGCUGCAGGCGGCCGCCGAGACCGUUGCGCGGCUGGAAGGAGAGCUGUCCCGUGCGCGGAGCGACGCGGCGGCCGCGGCGCGCGGGCUGGUGGAGGAGACGGACAAGCUGGACGCCGAGACGGCUAAGGCCGAAGCGCUUGCCACUCAGCUCGAGCAAGCCCGGUUUGUCAGCCUCCAGUCUCACAACGACGCCGUCGCAGCCGCGACCAAGGAGCGCGCGUCGGCCCGGGCGCUCGUCGCCGAGGCAGAGGGGCGGCUCGCUGCGGACAGGCGGGCGGCCGCCGCAGAGAAGCAAGUCGCGGAGGAGAGCGCGCAACGGAAGCUCGCGGAAUGCAAGCUGAACGAGGCGGCCUCGAGGUGCGAAGCGGCGGAGUCGGAGUCGAGCGUGGCGAAUGCGCGCGCCCAAAAAGCGGAGCUGCAGCGGGAGGAGGCGCGGAAGCAGCUCAUGCACCAGGUCCAGGCGACGCAGGCCGCGGAAACCGCGGCCGCUGUGCACGAGGCGGACCUCCGCUUCCAGCUCACCAACGCCACAUCCGCGAGCGCCACGUGGCAGGCCGACGUGUACCGGCUGGAUGCGUUGCUGGCGGCGGCGGAGUCGCAGCAGAAGGAGCUGACGGAACGGAAGGCGGCCUUGGAACGCCGUCUCGCGCAGUUGAAGAAGCAGGCUGACGCGGCCGCGGGCGGAGAGAGACGCGCUAUGGAGGAGGCGGCCGCGGCGCGGGAGGAGGCGGCCGCGGCGCGGGAGGAGGCGGCCGUGGCACGACAGGAAACGGCCGCGGCACGACGGGAGGCGGCCGCGGCGCGGCAGGAAGCGGAGGCGGCGGCGCAGCGGGAGGCGGCGCUCAAGGCUGCAUACGAGCAGCUGCAGUCGGAGUUGCGCGCUGCCCUGGCCGCGUCCGAAGAGAGCGCCACCACUCUUCGGGCCGAGCUCGAUCAGGCCAACGCCACGUGGCAAGCGGAGCGCGUGCGAAUCCAGGCGGAGCGGGACGAGGCCCUGUCAAAUCAUUGCAGCGGCCUGUCCGGCGGGCGCCACGUGGCGGGGCCAGAUGCAGCGCCUGUCAGGGGAGCUGGCUGCGGUGGAAAUGGAGAGGGAGGAGUUCCGAGAGGCCAUUGA